AUGUUUUCGACCAUUUUAGCCUUUACUAACCGAACAUCUUUUCUUGGAAACGAUGUUAAUUAUUCAUUCGAACAUCAAUCUGCUCGUACAUUCAUGACUCGCUACCAACCUGUUUCCCGACCUCAUCGCGUUCCAUGUCGGUGGGGAAAGGGCGGCCGGUGGGCACCCUGGCUCUGCUCGACGGUCGUAUAUAAGCGGCACGCGCCCCACUCCAGACAUCAGUCACACACACAAGCAAUCACUGCGGGGAGCGGACCGGGAGCAGAGAUGCUGCGACACGUUGUUCUUCUGUGCCUGGUGGCAGCGGCCGUCGCCGAGGAAGUCGCCGUCAAAGAGGAGGUGGCCGCCAAGCCGGCGGUCGCCGAGGAGGACCCCGCCGACGACCUGUCCGCUGAGGCCAGCGUCAAAGACAAGCGUCAGGUGGCGUACGGAGCGCCCACCGGGCUGGCUCCCUCCUUCGACAACUUCGGGGGCGGCCAUGGAGCCGGCUUCGGAGGCGGUUUUGGAGGCGGUGUGGGCGGAGGUUUCGGUGGAGGUUUCGGUGGCGGUUUCGGCGGCGCCAAGUGCCGUGACGAGACCAAGUACGUGCUCACCUGGACCAAGACGGUGAUCCCGGUGACCGAGUACGACACGCGCACCGAGUACCUGCCGUCGACGCUGUACAAGUACGUCACCGAGACCCAGUACUACCCGCUGACCCAGGUGCAGCUGGUGACGACCACGCGCGCCGGCGGCCGCGAGUACCAGGAGGAGACCAAGAUCGCCUACCGCACCGACACGGUGGUGGUGCCCCAGGUGGAGACGGUCUACUCGACGCUGGUCUUCACCGAGGACGAGCACGUGACGGUGACGGAGACGGACCACUUUACGCAGACGCAGGCGCAGCAGUACCCGGUCGAAGUGACCGUCACCAGCGUCCAGCAGAUCCCCCAGAUCCAGACGUCUGUGGUACAGGUGUACCAGACCCAGUACCAGACGCAGUACGCCACCAACCAGUACGAGGUGGUGCAGACGCAGACGGUGGACGUGCCGCAGGUGCAGUACAUCACCAACACCAUCACCAAGCAGCAGUACCAGACUGUGGCCGUCACCCGCACGCGCCACCAGUACCACACGGUCACCAAGUGCGCGCAGAAGGGCGGCUACGGCAGCCGCUACUAGACUCGCCGGCCAGCUCUCUGACCUCCCCCCCCCCUCCCCCUCCCGCUACACCGACACUGUGUUGUGACAGGUCACUAGGCUAAGGUGCGCGAAUUCCCAUACUGUGAUAUAUAUAUCGCCGGUUGUGCGGUGCCAUGUUGACCAGAGGAGCGGCGCUGAAGUGGUGCCGCGGGUCGGACCAGUCAGUCGCCCGUGACCUCGUGUCUGUGCCCCAGCGGACAGCUGAGGGUGCAGACUGUUUGUGUCCCUUGUUUGUCAUGUUUGUGUUACGCAGCUUACGUACAAAUGCUUGAUAUAAUAAAGAAAAAAAAACAAGA